AUGUCAACUCGUACAUCCGCGCCGACGAUACCGUCUCUGAAGCAAUCAUUCCUCAUCAACCAAACAACACUUCUUGCCCAGCCCCUUACCCCAUCCCACUCAUGGCAAGCCACCAACGACGCGUCAGAUGAGGCUAUCCCCGAUCGCGUUGUGCAAGACGUCCUACAUAGUCUCAACCAUACCAUUCAGCAGCAUUGCCGGCGCGUUUAUGCUCCGCAGGCUAGUCGUAAUAUCGCCGAGCAGAUCGACAGUGUCUACACCCAAGAUGCUGAGCGCAAGUUGGGAGGACCCGCCGAUACUGAAGGUGGUAUUGGCAGAGAGCUUGAUUUGACUGGAAGUGAGGCUAUCGAAUCAUUACCCUCAUCUUGGUAUCUGGAAAAGGAUGUCAGCGACCACCCCAUGGAGACCAAGCGCUAUGCAGACGCCGUCCACCAACUCUCUGAGCUUAACGAUCAGCGCAAGCAACUGCGGCAGCAGGUAGCGCGCUUGAAGCGUCUCCAGUCACUUGUCGAGCCGCUUCAGACAGCUGACAACGGCGUCGGCAUUCAAGAGAACCUACUGACUCGCAACGGCCCCGUUGAGAAAGAACUCGAGAAGAUGCGCUUUCUACUGGCCAGAGUCGGUGGUCGUGUACAUGCGCUUCCCGAUGAGGCUCCGAAUGGUGCUUCCAAGGAUGUCGCUUUGGCGGAGACUGGUGCUCGUGGCCAGAAGAGGCGCGUCGAUCAGUUUCUUGCUGAUAAUAAGGUGUUUCCGUCAUGA